AUGAGUAGCCGUCGAAAACGUGCCCCUCCAUCAAAACUAGAUGAGGAGAAGAAAAAGCAGCUCUGCUGGAAUAUGCAUGAAGACCAGAGAAAUGAGAUAAUAACAAUAGAUGAUGAAAUGACUAAUGAGGACCACGUUCCAGCUCCCAGCACUUCUUCUGCAUCCUUCAUUGUUAUAAAUGAUGAUACCACUGACGAAGAUCUCCUUCAAAAAGAAGAUUCUUAUUCCAUUUUGACUCCUGCGUCAGUACAGCUAAAUAUCACAGUCUUGCCAUACCGUGGGGAUGGGUCCUGGAAAGCUUUGUUGGGAGAAUUUGCUCUUCAUCUUUCUUCUGAACAAAUUCUAACUGAUGAAUUCCAGGAAAGGAGCUUUACUUUAAUGAGAGGAGACUCAGAUGAUCAGCUGCAGGUCUGUGUUCAUGAAAGAGGUGAAGAAGAGUAUGGUAAUGAAACGAAAGAAUACCUGGGUGCUUAUGAACAACGAGUUCUGGUGAAACCAAAUUUAGGUGGUGAAAUACUGGAAGGCUUGAGAUGGUUGCAGAAGAAAAAGAUAAUUGGACUUUAUCAAAGACCUGGAGAGGCUCAAACUUUAAAGGUUGGAAUUUACCUUCUGGAAGCUGGGCUAAGUAAACCGGAGUUUCUCAGUGAUGGAGGUGGUAGACCCAAAAAAGCUAAUCAACUGAUUCAAAAACUCAUGGAAAAGUUCUACAGUUUUAUAAUUCCAGAUGAGCUGGAGGAAGAUGAGGAAGAAUCUGACAUGGAGCUAGAGCGACAAAAUACUGAAGAGCUUUAUGACUUUGUAAGGCAUACCCAUCAGCGGGAUAUCCAGUCGCUGAGAGAGGAUGUACAGCAUCCUGCAUUAAUUCCUGUUCUGAGGCCGUACCAAAGUGAGGCUGUGAACUGGAUGCUUCAUCGAGAGAACCUGACAAGCACUCCAACCAGUGAAAAUGCACUGCACUUCUUAUGGCGGGAGGUCAUCACUUUGGAUGGCGUGAAGAUCUACUAUAAUCCGUUUACUGGCUGUAUUAUCCGUGAAUAUCCGAUUGCUGGACCCCAGUGGCCUGGAGGUAUUUUGGCAGAUGAGAUGGGUCUUGGAAAAACAGUAGAAGUGUUGGCUCUUAUUCUGAAUCAUACCCGACCAGACAUUAAGCAAGAUGAUCUGACGUUACCUGAGGGUAAGCUUGUGAACUUCUUUGUUCCACCUCAACCUUCAGAAGAAAAUAAAAAGAAAAAACCAAAGGAAAUGGAGCUUAAAUUGAAGGAAAAAAUACAGUAUCCCAGCUUACGAGUGAUGAUAUUAGCAGCUGUGAAAGAAAUGAAUGUGAAGAAAGGAGCAUCCAUCAUUGCAAUAUUUAAAUACAUCAGUGCUAUAUAUAGGUAUGACAUACAGAGAAAUAGGCGGCUUCUCAAAAGAACCCUAGAAAAACUAAUUUCAGAACAAGUAGUAGAGCAAGUCAAAGGACAUGGUCUGGCUGGGUCUUUCAAGCUGGGGAAGAAUUAUAAGGAACAGAAGAGGCGAGAAAGAACCAAAGAGCAGAUAGCAAGGACUUCAGAAAACAUGCAGAAGAAGCAGUUGGUUGAUGCUAAAACUCAAACCAAAGAAUCAAGAAAUAGUGAUAUCACUUCUGAAAAUGUCCUUCAAAGUCCUUUACGGGUGGAUAUCACGAUGGAAGAACAUGAUUAUUGUGCAACUAGCAAAAAUAAUAGGAAAUCUGAAGCAGAGCAUGAGAAUUCUGUAGAAGAGGAUAGCAUUCAGCAGAAAGCUGUGGUUCCAGAGUCUCCCGAUUUGUAUGGCAGCCUCCUUGUCUCCAGUGAUGCGAGCAGUCAUCCUGAUUUUGAUGUUCCUAAAAGUAUAGCUGAUAUCCAGCAGGAAGUUCCAAAGGACCAGUCCUCACUUUCCCAAGAAAGUGCUGGCAGUAGUGUACAACAUACCAGUUCUGUAUUUCCGUUUAAUACCUCUGAUUAUCGUUUUGAAUGCAUCUGUGGUGAGCUUGGGCUGGCUGACUAUAAAGCUCGAGUGCAGUGCCUGAAAUGUCAUUUAUGGCAGCACGCAGAAUGUGUAAACUACAAAGAGGAAAACCUGAAGAUCAAGCCCUUCUACUGUCCCCAUUGUCUGGUGGCAAUGAAACCAGUUUCCACGGGAGCGACUCUGAUAAUUUCUCCAAGUUCUAUUUGCCAUCAGUGGGUAGAUGAGAUCAACAGGCAUGUAAGAUCAUCAUCUCUUCGAGUUCUGGUGUAUCAAGGUGUGAAGAAGCAUGGCUUUUUGCAGCCGCACAUGUUGGCAGAGCAAGAGGUGGUUAUCACAACGUAUGAUGUUCUCCGCACUGAACUGAACUAUGUGGACAUACCCCACAGUAACAGCGAAGAUGGGCGCCGCUUCAGGAACCAGAAGCGGUACAUGGCGAUCCCGAGCCCCUUAGUAGCAGUGGAGUGGUGGAGGAUCUGCCUUGACGAAGCACAAAUGGUUGAAUGCACUACUGCAAAG